AUGUCCUACAGCGGCAUCUUUCCCCCACUGUGUGACCCCGUGGACGGUCAUUAUUUGAUGGACGGCUGUUAUGUCAAUAAUGUUCCAGGUUCGCUGUGGCGCUACUGCAGGGCUAGCAUGUCUCUGGCCGGGUAUAUGCCUCCUUUGUGCGACCCGAUUGACGGUCAUCUUUUGUUGGAUGGUGGUUAUAUGAAUAAUCUGCCAACGGAUGUUAUGCGAAGUUUGGGUGUGCGUUCGGUGAUCGCGGUCGACGUCGGCGCCUUGGACGAAACAAAACUGUCGUAUUACGGCGAAUCGCUGUCCGGCUGGUGGGUGUUGUGGAAAAAGUGGAACCCUUGGGUGACACCUAUCAGGGUUUUGAAUAUGGCGGAAAUUCAGUCACGACUCGCUUACGUCAGCUGCGUGCGGCAGUUGGAACAAGUUAAAAAGGCAGCUUACUGUCAUUACGUGCGACCGCCGAUCGAUCGCUUCCAGACCCUGGACUUCAGUCUUUUCGACGAAAUCUACGCUGUUGGUUAUGAGCACGGUAAAUCCGUCUUCGAUGUUUGGAUCAAAGGCAAUGAAAUAGACAUCAUUUUCGGCAAAACCGCUCCAUGUACCACCAGUGUACAAAUUUCGAGGAAGAAGUCGGUCUUGAAAUUUACCUCAGCGCAGUCUUUUACGGAUUUGGCCGCUUUAGUGUCCAAAAUUCAGGCUCAACCUUGCGAUACUCUUGCGGACGUGUCAGAAGAGGAAUGUGAUAGCGACAGCUCGAUUUUGUUGUAA